CUGAGAUAACUUCAGCCGUUUACUGGUAAACCCGAUUAAUUGUCCAAUCGUUCUCUAACCGCCGGCCCACCCACCGCGGCGCCCCUUCUUCCCUCCCUAUUCCACGCCCUGCGCACUGUUCUGCUCUCCUGCUUCCACAUGUCGCAGCAGCGGGACUACCGCCCGUGCGAUCUGCGAUGUGGAAGAACCGCGCACACACGAAGCGGUUCGGCGCGUGUCUUGUUUCCGUAAAACGCGCUCGUGUACGUUCAAAACACGGCGGUGUGCGCGCACUGAGGUGGGAUAAAUACCCGCUGCUGCCCCCCUUUCUGGCGUCUUUUCCUUUUCUUCCUGUGGUAUACCCAUCGUUUCUCUGUGUGUCAGUGCACGUUGCUUGGAUUUUUCUUCUACGCUCCUCCUUGUUGUUAAGCAUACGACCGACGAUGCGUCAGUGCAGGCUGUGCGAUGUAGACCUUACAGAUGGUUACGCGUCCGACUAUUGUGCCGAUUGCAGAAGUAUCUUCCCACUUCAUUCUUCUUCUUCUUCUUUUUCCCAUCUUCUUCUCUCUCUCUGUUUUCUCUUCUCCUCUUUUCAAAACACCUACUCAUACCUCCCUCUUCCUCACCCCCCUGCAGACUUCAACAAGUACAACCGCAAGUUACUCCUCGAGCACAUGCGCCAGCGCGAGCUCGAAGCCGAAGGCCGGUUCGAAUCCGAGAGCGAGGCGCGCGCGACCGAGCUUCGUGUCGCGAGGGCGAGCAGGCUUAGUCGGAUCGCGGCCAGUAGAGGCGAGCAGGAUAAGAAGGCGGAUGAGAAGGAUAAGAAGGGGAAGGGGUAUAAGUAAGUGCGUGUCUGCUGGUUCGUUGUUGUGCUCGCUAAGAAACGGAAGUUGAGUAUAUAUGUGUUGGUACAGC